UCUCGCAAAAUAGCGGCGAAAUCAAGGAAUUUCACACUCUCUUUGAGCUGUAUUGCUGAACAUGCUGGUGCUUUGCUAAAUUCACUUGGCCCUGCCACCACUAGACUCUCUCUCUCUCUCUCUCUCUCUCCGGGGGGAACGUAGAUGCCCACCUGGCGCAGAGGGCGACAAUAAGCUGACCGCUCUUCUUUUCAUCUUUUUUAACUACUACUGCAAUAUAUCGGCGGUGACGAGAGAAUGCCUCCGAAACCGCCAAUCCCCAACAGCUUUUCUUUUUCUUGCUGCUGUCCAUCACGUUAACUACUAAAUCAUCUUCUCUCUCCGACGCUUCCUCAAGAAAACCCUAGACUUCUCCUACACUUGAUCUGACUCCACUGAUUCUCUCGCUUCUUCCUCUUCCUUUUCUCUUUCGCCGUCUUUUGCUUCAGGACAAUAUUUGCAACUUUUUAUUCCUCUAUUUCAACCUAUGAGAUCAUGAAUAUGGAUGUAGUACGAGAAAGCAGCUUGUCUGAGAGCCACUUAAGCCCGGAGCAACGUGCAUUGGAACUUGGUAAUGGAUUUGUUUCUGGAAAUCGAUGCACUGAGUCGGUGGUUCAAAAAUGUGAGAUGGUCAAAGAUGCACAUAUAGGUCCAGAAGAAACAGGCAUCAGAAAAUCAAAUGCUAAUAGUGUGGAAAUUUUGAAAACAGUAGAUGGUUUAACCAACAAUUCAGAUUUCGAGUCCUUCAGAUUGCAUAACAUUCAGUAUUUGCCUGAAAGUGCCAAUGCUGAGCCAUUGGAGCAGAAGCAAGUUGUAGGGGAUGACAAUGUUGAUAACAGACUGACAGAAACAGAGAUAGCAGCACCUGACCUUACUGGUCUCGAGGAAUACAUACAGAUUUCAGUAUCCCCAUGUGAAAAUGUGGCAGUGGUUCCUGCUUUUGCCAGUCUUGGAUCAGAACCUCAGGAUGCAUCCAUGCAUGUUGAUCCUCAGCAAACAGAAUCAACACAAAAAGGUGCAGUAAAUGCUGGUGGAGAGUCAGUUCUUGAUAAAAGAACUCCUUUCGAAUCCAGGAAGAGGAAAUCUACUUCGACCAUUCCGGUUACUGCUAGAGUUCUUCGCUCAAGGUCACAAGAGAAAUCUAAAGAGUCUGAGAAAAAAGAUGUGGUGGAAGAUGCUGCUACUGAAGCAUACAGACGAAAAAGGAGAAAGAAGAAGCAGAGAAGAAACAUCCCUGUAAACGAAUUUUCAAGAAUAAGGGCCCAUCUAAGAUAUUUACUCCACCGAAUAAAAUAUGAGCAGAACUUAAUUGAUGCUUACUCCGGUGAAGGCUGGAAAGGACAAAGCCUAGAAAAGAUAAAGCCUGAGAAGGAGCUUCAACGGGCAAAAUCUCAGAUUUUCCGCUACAAGUUGAAAAUAAGGGAUUUAUUUCGACAGAUUGACUUGUUACUUGCAGAGGGAAAGCUUCCAGAAACUUUAUUUGAUUCUGAUGGACAAAUUGACAGUGAAGAUAUAUUUUGUGCGAAGUGUGGCUCAAAGGAUUUGACACUGGAUAAUGAUAUUAUUCUUUGUGAUGGAGCUUGUGAACGCGGAUUCCACCAAUUUUGUUUGGAACCACCUCUGUUGAAAGAAGAUAUUCCCCCUGAUGAAGAAGGUUGGCUUUGUCCUGGAUGUGAUUGCAAAGUUGACUGCAUUGAAUUGCUUAGUGAUUUUCAGGGAUCAAAUCUUUCUGUCCUUGAUAAAUGGGAGAAGGUGUUUCCUGAGGAGGCUGCAGCAGCAGCAUCUGGAAUGAAGAUGGAUGAUUAUUCUGGACUUCCAUCAGAUGAUUCAGAUGAUGAUGACUAUGACCCUGAUAAACCGGAAGUAGAUAAUAUGGUUUUGGGAGAGGAAUCAAGUUCUGAUGAAUCUGAUUACUUUUCUGCCUCGGAGGAACCAGUGAGUGCUGUUAAAGCUGAACAGAUUUUGGGGCUUCCUUCUGAUGAUUCAGAAGAUGAUGAUUUUGACCCCAGUGCCGCAGACCAUGGUGAGCUUGCUAAGCAGGAAAGUUCAAGUUCUGAUUUUUCAUCAGACUCGGAGGAUUUUGGUGCCAUGUUUCAUGAGAAAGAACUGCUAGGUGAAGAAGCAGGCCAUGUAUCUUCUGUAUCAACUCAGAGCAACCUAGCUGUGGGUUCUAUCGGUCAAAUCUUUAAAGUAGGUAGAGAUAAGAGACAUUCUUUGAGUGAUGAACUAUCCUUCCUUUUGGAGUCUAAUGAUGCACCUGUAUCUGGGAAAAGACACGUAGAAAGAUUGGACUACAAGAAGCUGCAUGAAGAAACAUAUGGUGAUACUUCUUCUGACUCAAGUGAUGAAGAUUACGGGGAAACUGUUGGCCCAAGGAGAAGGAAGAAAAGCACUGGGAAAGCUAUUCUAGUGCCAAGCAAUGAACCUGAAACAAUACAUAAGGGGGCAGAUAUUAAAGAUGAAAAUUGCUACCAAAAAGACUUUGAAAUGACACCUGUGGAGAAGAUCAAUAAAAAGUUUGAAAUUGAGGGUUCAAACAAUAUGUCUGUUGACUCACCAAGAAUUUCUACUGAAGGUGGUUCAAGUGGCAAGAGGACAGGCAGACCUUACCAAAGACUUGGGGAUGGUAUAGUUCAGAGACUUCUUGAAUCUUUUAGGGAGAAUCAGUACCCAAAGCACGGUGUGAAAGAAAGCUUAGCCAAAGAAUUGGGCCUCAGGAUCCAGCAGGUUAGUAAAUGGUUUGAAAAUGCUCGUUGGAGUUGUCGUCAUUCAUCUCGCAUGGACUCAAAAACGACAGGAACCACUUCGAUAAAUGGCACCUCUUUACCUGAAAUAAAUGAAAAGGUACCUAAGCAUGGUGAACAAUCUAACUUGGAAAGUGCUACUUGCGAUGAGGAGGGAAAGAUGGCUCUUCCCCAAACCAAUCCUUGUGUUGAAGGGCAGCACAUUGCAGGUACAGGAGAGGGGAAUUCAGCAAUUGACUUCAGCCCAGAUUCCAUUAAUGGAAGGUGUACCCAGGUAGACGAUCAAAAGCCUGAUCAGUUAUCCAGUGCUGAGGAGACAUCCAAGCAGGUCUCAAAUGUUAAUGCAUCAAAAUCUCAGUCUGUUCGUAGAAGUGGCAGGUUACAGGCAAGAAGUGGUAACUAAGUUGUGCAAGUUACUUGGAUUUGAUUCUCAUGGAGGAACUGGUAUCGGCACUGAAAAGCAGCAUCAUUUGGGAACUAUGGAAUAUGGCAGAAAGAGCAUUCCAUUGAUUAGCAAUCGGCUUUGCUGUUAUUGUAGAGCCAACUGCCAAUCUUCCAGCUAUGCAUGAGUGAGUUGGAACUUCAGCUCAUAAUUGGAGCUUUGUAACGGUUGUUCUGUUGAGUUUAAGAGAUUGCUGAGGUGGUUGUGGGUUUUUGCCCACUCGAGUAUUGUGUUUAUAUGUACUGUUUGAGCAUCAGCCAUUGGAUCAGUGGCUUAGGUGGCUGGGGACACAUUGGCUCGGCAAGGGUUACUGAAGUUGAUUAAACCUGUCAACCAUUCCGCCGGGUUCUGCAACACUAACCGUGAGUUUGGAUGAGGCGGAAGGUUCUUUGUUGUUUCCAGUCAUUGCAGGGACUUUAACCAAGUUGCAGUGCCUCAGAGCAACCCACGGACAGAGGCUCAAACGUGAUGGUCAUCGUUGCUGAAGUUUUGUUUAGAAUGUAUGUUCUUUUUCGUAGGUCCCACAAAAAGGAAAAAAAAAAGAAUAUUUAUCAAUCAUAUACCUUAUCCAAAAUUCAUAUGUAAUGAUCAUUAAAUAUUAAAUUUGGGUUUAUGGCAUCAAAAGGUUAUGCUUUCAUA